CUCCGCUUGGUUAAAUACCUAAACCUUCUCUUCUUUUUCUUUCCAAUUUAAAAAAACAAACAAAUAAAGCGUUAUACCAAAAAAAGGCAUCAGAGUUCACGCACUUUUCUUUUACGCGCAAAGCAAAACGAAUCGAAGGAGAUUCAAAUUCUCCGGCGGAAGAAACCGCUCUCUGCUGAAUCCAUCCCGUGAUAUCGAUCUCUGGUCGCCGGAAUCAUGCCAGAGAUCGAGCCUGAUGACGCCGGCGACAGAUGCUCCGCCGCCCUGUUCGGCAAGUACGAGCUCGGGAAGCUCCUCGGCUGCGGCGCCUUCGCGAAGGUCUUCCACGGCCGCGACCGCCGCUCCGGUCAGAGCGUCGCCGUCAAAAUCCUCAACAAGAAGAAACUCGCGGCCAAUCCAAACCUCGCCUCCAACAUCAAGCGCGAGAUCGCGAUCAUGCGCCGAUUGAAUCACCCGAACAUCGUGAAGCUCCAUGAGGUCAUGGCGACGAAGUCGAGGAUUUUCUUCGUCAUGGAGUUCGUCAAGGGAGGAGAGCUUUUCAACAAGAUCGCCAAGCACGGCCGUCUCAGCGAGGAUCUCAGCCGCACGUAUUUCCAGCAACUGAUCUCCGCCGUCGGUUAUUGCCACGCGCGGGGCGUCUACCACCGCGAUCUCAAGCCGGAGAAUCUCCUCAUCGACGAAAACGGAAACCUAAAGGUCUCCGAUUUCGGCCUAAGUGCUUUGACGGAUCAGAUCAGACCCGACGGGCUAUUGCACACCUUGUGUGGGACUCCGGCUUACGUGGCGCCGGAGAUUCUCUCGAAGAAGGGGUACGAAGGAACGAAGGUCGACGUGUGGUCAUGCGGCGUAAUUUUGUUCGUCCUCGCCGCCGGUUAUUUGCCGUUCAACGACCCGAAUCUCAUGAACAUGUACAAGAAGAUCUACAAAGGCGAGUACCGAUGUCCUCGAUGGAUGUCUCCGGAACUGAAGCGAUUCCUCUCUCGCGUCCUCGACACCAAUCCGGAGACAAGGAUCACCAUUGAUGAGAUCCUGAGGGACCCGUGGUUUAUCAAAGGAGGAGUCAAACAGAUCAAAUUCCAUGAAGAACCUGAUCAGGAAUCCGACCUCGUCAAGCCCGAUUCCAAGGACGACGAUGACGAUGAGAUGAAAGGGGAAUCACAGGGGUUGAAGAACUUGAACGCGUUCGAUCUGAUUUCCUUCUCAUCGGGAUUAGACCUCUCCGGAUUGUUCGAUAGUUCCGGAAAAUCGGAGGACUGCGAGAGAUUCCUCUCGGAAGAGUGUCCAGCGAAACUGGUGGAAAAAGUAGAGAAGUUCGCGAGGGCGGAGAAGCUGAGGGCGAAGAAGAAGAAAGAGGAAUGCGGCUUCCAGAUAGAGGGUCAAAACGGUAAAUUUGCAAUGGCGAUAUACGUUUCCCGCCUCAACAAUCGGUUUGUGGUGGUAGAGGCGAGGCGUACAGGCGGCGACUCGGAUUGCUACAUGGAGAUGUGGAGAAACAAAUUAAGGCCCGAACUCGUCCUCGUCCCCCCGAAACAUGACAAUGAGACUUUCGACCAGAUUUCACCAACGGCUAAGGUUAGCAAUUGAUAAGAAUCACUGAUAUUUUGAUCAUGAGACCCAAAACCAACCCUUUGAUCUUAAGUUCACUCGUAUCGCAAAAAUCAGAUUCAUAGGCGGUGAUGGGUCAACCAAUGUUGUGUAGUAUUUGUUCGUGGUUUGAUGAUCAUGAUAAUGGCAAUCUACCAUGAAUGUGUGUGUGUGUGUGUGUGUAAUGGAAUAAUGGAGACUAUAUAGACUCAUAGAAUAAAAGGGGUUUUCGUUCUUGUCCUGCAUUCACCAGAGGUAUUGUAUGUAGAUGCUCAUUUUCAUAUUUCCCAUUUUGUCAUAUAAGAAUUCGUUUUGUACAUUAUCAAUGUAGCCCAUAUUUUACACAAAACGAAUUCUUAUAUCAUUACAUAUACCUCCUUA